CCUUGCUCUUGAGCCUCCCGUUCUUUUUCAAAGAAGCCAGGGCCUCUGAUGAUAAUCAGAGAUUGCCGGGCAACAGAGAUUACUGGAAGCGGGGCAGGCUGGUGGGCAGCAGGUACAGGCUGUCCCUUAUGGUUCCUUCCCCUUGCCUCUCCUGAGAGCCAGGAGCGUUAGCUAGAAUAAUCGCCUUGAAUGGCCAUCCAUGGAACAAAGAGCGCUCAGCUAUCCAUGCACUGUAAACCCAUCGCCUGAGCACCCAGAUGGGGACCCCGGCCUCAGUGGUGAGUGAGCCGCCCCCGUGGCAGGCCCCGCCGGCCGCCCGGGGACGAAAGCAGGCGUCGGCCAACAUCUUCCAGGACGCCGAGCUGCUACAGAUCCAGGGCCUCUUCCAGCGCAGCGGGGACCGGCUAGCCGAGGAGCGGGCGCAGAUCAUCUGGGAGUGUGCCGGGGACCACCGUGUGGCCGAGGCCUUGCAGCGCCUGCGCAGGAAGAAGCCCCCACGGCGGAAGCCCCUGGGCCACGCGCUCCAUCACUGCAGCCGCCUCAGAGUCCCAGAGCUCCACGCUCCACUGGCAGACCCACAGAGUACUGCCGAGGGGACAGUGGCCAGUGAGCAGUGUCUGAACUCUAGGAGGACAAGUGCCAGGAUCCGACAGAACUGGAGGAAACCGGACCCCACUAGCUACCUUCACCAAAUCAGACACUGAAAGGAGUGAGACAUGGCUCGAUCUCCCCCAGGAAUCCAAGACUUCCGACAGAAAGCAUGGGGAGUGGAGACGAGAGAACUGAGGCAGGUGGCCCAAUCGGGCAAAUGAAAGAGCCCACAGCCUCUGGUCGGCUCAAUUCCAAGCAGGCCUGGAAGCUUCCAGGAUGUGGGACCCACUCCUCAUCUGACCGAGAAGAAACCCCAGCAGCCCCUGCCUCAGCCCUUCCCCACCUAACACACUACACCUGGGCUGCAUGCUAUUCCCCCAGGAGGCAAGAGCAAUGCGCCUGCAGACUCAGCCUGCCACCAGCCCUGCUACUAACCCUGUUAUACCACCAUCUGUGACCGGGAAACCCGUCCCACACACCUUGGCCUAGGCAGGCCGGCACAAAAACACUGAAAAGCGGCAAAUAAAAACAUUUGCUUCAA